AUGCAGAAGAAGAGCGCAGAAAACCGUUCUAGGAAUUCGGAAAGGCAGUUGAGUUAAGAAGAGUGAAGAGGAGAAGGUGAGACUGAGCUCCAGGAUGGAAUCGACGACGUCGUUUUUGAGAAACAGAUAUUGGGUUUUGAGGCACGGCAAGAGCAUUCCAAACGAGCGAGGCCUCAUCGUUUCAUCUCUGGAAAAUGGGACUUGCCCAGAUUAUGAAUUGGCAUCGGAAGGUGUAAACCAAGCACAACUGGCUGGACAAUUGUUCCAAAAGGAACUGAAGGAAAAUAACAUUCCACUCGAAGCUGUUCGCAUUUGUUACUCUCCAUUUUCAAGAACAAUUCAUACUGCUAAAGUAGUGACAUCUGUUCUGGGCAUUCCAUUCGAAGGAGAUCAAUGCAAGGUUAUAGAAGAUCUUAGGGAGCGUUACUUUGGUCCUUCGUUUGAACUAAAGUCACAUGACAAGUAUGCAGAGAUAUGGGCUCUCGAUGAGAAUGACCCAUUGAACAGGCCAGAAGGUGGAGAAAGUGUUGAUGAUGUUGUGGCUAGACUCACAAGGGCUCUUGCAACCAUAGAGGCACAGUUUCAGGGGUGUACAAUAUUGGUUGUGGGCCAUGGGGACCCUCUUCAAAUCCUUCAAACAAUACUUAAUGCUGCUAAGCAACACACAGGGCCCAGCUGUGAUAACUUGGAAUCAAGAAUUCAAGCUGUUAGAACCCCUCCCGUCUUGUCACAGCACCGGAAAUUUGCACUGCAAACUGCAGAGCUAAGGGCAGUUUUAUAAAAGAAAAGACCCCUCAGCUGAAGUUUGCCCAUUAUUGUUUCCCCUUGGUAGAUUCUUUAGUGAAAAUUUGCCGGCUCAGCUGGUUAGUGGCAUUGUUAAUGUUAGGCUACUGUCACAAUAAUGCUUAACGCAGUGUCGAAUAAUGACAAUAUGGCAUUCCAUAGUUGGCUAUUGCUAACUAUUCUAUGAGACAAGCAAGAGUAUAAAAAUGCUUUUGAAGCAUGAAAGAUCAUGGAGAACUUGGUCGACAUCUCAAUUUCCCAAAAAUAGUUCAUUGUACACAACGGUCCUUUGAAACGAUUAAAUACAAGUAUUUGAGUAUCA